UUCCUCACUAUCCUGUCCAAGGCGGCGCCAGCCUCCCCCCUUGAUGAUGAGCCGCAAGACAGACAUUGACUUAUAGGAUUCACAUCCAGCCUUUUGGGAGCAUCUCUUUCCAGGAGUGUCGUCAGGGGAUCAAACUCACCACAGUGAUACUACCCUAAGGACUCGCGCAAGAAGCGCGGAACUCCCGGCGAGACCAACCACGUUCCCGGAUACCUCAAUAAUGACGACACACCACGACUAUACGAGCAUGAACCACCCUCAAUCGUUUGCAACGGAGGAGGAAGAGGACGUACACUUCUACCAGACGUAUUCCGACGGCGGUGCGUCUGGCGACGACUACGGGUCCGCCUCACCACCACAGCACUCCCCUACGGAAGACAUAGAUUUUGGUAUUCCUGAAAGCUGUCGGAGUGCUAUCCUGCCGGCCACUUUUAACUACUCGCAACACGAUAAUAUCGGCGGCCCUCAGUCGAGUCCCCAAGUGCAACCGCCACACCAGCCAUCAACCCAGCUGCCUGCAAAUAAACGUCUCAAACCCGGCAGGCCCUUCAAUCGUGUCUCGAAGGCCGGUAAACACCACCUCGUCACGCCUGCCGGAGCAUGCGCUUUGCUUCGAUGUUCAUUCACGAAGAACGGCCAGCCGUGUACUAGUGAGGCGUCACUGCCAUCAACCAUGAGGGAGCAUUUGAUCGAAGAGCACAUGGAAUUCUCACCGUUCCAAUGCUCCACCUGUAAGCGAAUCUUCACGCGUCUCGCGUUGGAAACCCGCCAUCUCCAGACAAAGAAGGGCGGCGAAAGGACCUGUCCCAACCAGCCACAGGGUGUAGACGACAACUACCAAGCGCGCUGCAAAGUCAGGGAUGCGCUCUGGGGGAUCCAGACGCAACAGGAUGAGGUCAAUGUCGCCGUGGCGUUGAUCAAACAGUACAAUGGUCAGCUCGAGAGCCGAAAGAGACGUGGCCAGCCACGUGGGGAUUCGACCUUAACCGCCUACCAGUCCAUCCCACCCGGUUCAGGCACCAUCCAGCCCACCAUCAGGCACUCGCACUCCUACUCGCAACCGUUGAGCCGCCAUCACUCGCACAGUCCCAAUCGCAAUCCGGCCCGAGGCCCCACAUUCCCCGACUUCUCUUCCUUCCACCAGCAACCGCAGUCCCACCAGCCGCACCAGCACCAGCCCCACCAGCACCAAGCCACGAACGAAUGGCCGCAGCCCCAGCAGCAGCAGCAUCGGGACCUCCCCGUUGGACAGGUCUACCCGCACCAGUUCUUGCCUCCGAGCUCCGGCGCGGACACGAGCACGAACAAUCUUUACAGAAGAGACUUUCACUGAGGUCAACUACGAGGACGAGGAUGCGUUGGUUGCCAGAUUGUUUUCCCCGAGUCGUGUCAUUCGCUGUUCUGGAGUCAUUCGCUGUUCUGGAGUAUCUGUCUAUCAAUCAC